UUGUUUUUUUUAAUUGCAGAUUAUGUGCAAUGUGACUAUUGUGGUCGAAACUUCAGCGAGAGUGCUGCAGAAAGACAUAUUCCAUUCUGCAAAGAACAAAGUUCACGUAAAGGCGUGAGCAGCACCAUCAAGCCAUUGACAAGUCACCGAAAGCAGUCUACAGGAAGGCAUGAGUUCAUCUUCCGUGAUUUCCACGCCAAGAGCGGCUUCUUAAAAACGGUUGAACAGCUCCGAAUCGUAAAUGACGGAACGGAACAGAAUCAGCGGGGGAAGAGACUUCCCAAGUAUGUUGUGUUGACCGCAGCAUCCAAUUCUCAGUUUCAGAAGCCCUUUCAUAUGUGA